CGUCAUGGGACAACAAAAAACGCAUUAGAAAAAAGAUGAGGCUUAUGCUUGUACCAGAUCGAUUGGACUGAACCCCGGUAGACAGUUCAGUAGACGCACCAGUAAACUUAAGGUGUAGGAUUUAAAGAGAAGAGUACUUGUUUGCUUGCACUCGAAAUGUAGGGUUUUUGUUUGAUUUCGAGAGUAGUCGAUUUAAACCCAGACGGCUUCAUACAUAAUCCCUCUCUGGGCAAACUCGAGUGAUAUUUACAGCGAAGUCUGCGGCUGAGAAUAUGACCUCGGAUAGAAUUGCGGAAACUUUAUUUUUUCUGCAGAAAUGCUGUCUGGAACGACUCUAACUAAUGUGGAAGGUGCUGGACUGCAAAGCAGGAACUACUAUCGAGCAAAGCGCUUCCUUAUAGCUAGGUAACAGCAGACGCAUAACAUUCGCUGGUGCAUGGACAUGAGUCCGUAAUGGAAAUAAGCUAAAUGCGCCGACACCUACAGAUUGCAGCCUAACGGAGAGAGUUUGGUCCGCCUGGACUUUAUCCUAAUAUCUGGCCCUUGUUCAGGAUUCGCCUACGAGCAAGGCUGCAAAGGGCACCUGAAGAAGACGCUAAAAAUGAUCCGAGGGUAUCUUGACACAGCCCAAUAGGGCUUUUGGAUACAAAAGAAAAAGGAUAUAAAAGCCUAUUUCCCUUUUCCAUGCUGAAAGUUUCGAUGGACACGUCAGAGAGUGUUUCUUAGUCGAUCGACUCUUUCUCGAAAGCACAGAUUGACCAUGGUCUCCGGCGUCCGUGCACUUAUGGUCCUGCUACUCGGUCAGGUGCUACUGGAAGGUUCGAUCGGACUUAUCCCAGAAGUUGGCCGGCGGAGAUACAGCGAAUCGGGGCGACAAAGCCCACCGCUAUCGGACGACAUACUGAACGAUUUUGAGCUUCGCCUGCUCAACAUGUUCGGACUGAAGCGGAGACCGAACCCGAGCAAGGCUGCCGUGAUCCCCCAGUAUAUGGUGGACUUGUAUCACAUGCACGCGGGGAACGGAGACCAUAACCCCAGCCGAACCAGAACUCCAGUCGGGAAACAGUCCGAGCGCUCCGCUAGCAGGGCAAAUACAAUUAGGAGUUUCCACCAUGAAGAGUCCAUGGAGGUCUUCUCUAGCCUAAGGGACAAAACUACACAACAUUUCCAUUUUAACCUCACAUCCAUCCCCGGUGAGGAGCUCGUCACCUCCGCCGAACUCCGGAUCUACCGCGACGGGGUGACAAGUCCGACGGACUCCCCCGCCACCAACGGCAGUGCGGGCCUCCACCGCAUAAACGUCCACGAGAUCUUCAAGCCCGCCUCCUCCUCCUCCGAAGAGCCAAUCACGAGGCUCCUGGACACGCGGCUGGUGCAGCAGGGGCGGAGCGACUGGGAGAGCUUCGACGUGAGCCCGGCCGUGUCCCGGUGGACCGCCGAGGGGCAGGCCAAUCACGGCCUGGUGGUGGAGGUGGUGCACCUGGACGGGGAGGGGCGGGGGGACGCCAGGGGGCACGUGAGGGUCAGCAGGUCCCUGCACCAGGAGGAGGACACCUGGCCUCAGGUGCGGCCGCUGCUGGUGACGUUCAGUCACGACGGGAAGGGCCACGCCCUGCUCCACCGGCGGGAGAAGCGACAGGCGCGCACCAAGCAGAGGAAGAAGCAGCGGGCCAACUGCCGCCGGCACGCGCUGUACGUGGACUUCAGCGACGUAGGCUGGAAUGACUGGAUCGUGGCCCCGCCCGGGUACCAGGCAUUCUACUGCCACGGCGAGUGCCCGUUCCCGCUCGCCGACCACCUCAACUCCACCAACCACGCCAUCGUGCAGACUCUGGUCAACUCGGUCAACACCAACAUUCCCCGGGCCUGCUGCGUUCCCACCGAGCUCAGCCCCAUAUCGCUGCUCUACCUGGACGAGUACGAGAAGGUGAUCCUGAAAAACUACCAGGACAUGGUGGUGGAAGGCUGUGGCUGCCGAUGAACCACAAACUCGCCAACAUACUCACAAACUCACACAGAAGACUAUUUCCCAAUAAAGACUUUAUUUAUAUUGAAGAAAAAAAAAUAUUUUCAAUAAAGUAUAUAUAUAUAUAUAUAUAUAUAAAUAUAAAUAAAUAUAUUUGUUUACCAUAAA